ACGAUCGUCAAGCAUGGCGCGGGUACUGUGGACCGUGUGCGCGUUGCUACUCGUAUCGUACGUGAGGGGUGCGCCUCGGUUACUACGAGACGGUUCAGAUUGCGAGGUGCGCGCGCGCCUGCAGUCUGGGUGGGUGUGUGGCGUACAUCGCGUCGCCAGCAACAGGACACACUUCGCUAGCUUCCUGGGUGUGCCGUACGCAGCACAGCCUCUAGGCGAACGUCGGUUUCGAGAGUUAGAGCCUGUGCAGCCAUGGGACGACUUCUACGAUGCAUCUAACGAAGGACCUAUAUGUCCUCAACACGACGUAUUUUACGGACCCCUGCUGGGCUCUGCCAACAUGAGUGAAGCUUGCAUAUACGCCAACAUCCAUGUACCUUUGGAUGCCCUACCAGGGUACAAGACUCCGAGACCGGCUCAGGAACUUCUGCCUCCUUACGGAGCGGGACUCUCUGAAAAAGAGGAGGAUCCUGGUCUACCUAUCUUAGUCUUCAUUCACGGAGGUGGCUUUGCUUUCGGUUCUGGAGGAACAAGUUUUCAUGGUCCCGAGUAUCUCAUGCAUAAAGACGUCAUCGUCAUCACUUUUAACUACAGGUUAAAUGUCUUCGGCUUCCUCUCGCUGAACUCGUCGCGCGUCCCCGGUAAUAACGGUCUGCGUGAUAUUGUAACCCUGCUGAGAUGGGUUCAGGCCAACGCCCAGUCGUUCGGCGGAGAUCCCAACGACGUGACGCUGGCGGGGCAGAGUGCCGGAGCCAGCUGUGCACACCUACUAUCAAUGUCCAAAGCCGCUGAUGGUUUGUUCCAAAGAUUAAUAUUGAUGAGCGGUACCGGCAUACCCAGCUUCUUUACAACUUCUCCAGCGUAUGCUGAGGUCGUGGCCAAUCUAUUCUUAUCCAACCUCGGCAUCAACGCCACUGACCCAGAGGACAUCCACCGACAGCUGAUAGACACGCCGCUCCAAGAUAUCAUGAAAGCCAAUAAGCAAAUUCAAGAUCAAAUCGGCAUCGUAGCUUUUCUGCCGGUUGUCGAAUCCUCAUUCCCAGGCGUCACCACUAUUUUGGACAACGACCCUGAUGUUUUAAUAUCAAAGGGAUGCGGAAAGAAUAUACCGUUAAUUGUCGGUUUUACGACGGCAGAGUGCGAAGUAUUCCGUCCGAAUUUUGAGAAAAUGGACAUAUUAAGUCGUAUAAAAGAAAAUCCACUCUUAAUUUUAUCGCCGAAUCUAAUUUACAAAGUGCCGAUUAAUGUCGCGUUGGAUUUGGCACAGAGAGUUGAAAAGAGGUAUUUCGAUGGAACACCGACUAUGGACAAAUAUAUUAGGAGUUGCUCUGAUACCUUUUAUGUUUACCCCGCUAUGAAAUUAGCAGAGAGACGAGUUUUAAUGCAAGGAGCUCCGGUGUUCUUGUAUCAAUAUUCUUAUGAGGCGGAUUUCAAUGUGAUGAAGGAGGCCAGAGGACUUUCGUACAAGGGCGCUACCCAUGUAGAAGAUUUGACGUUUGUCUUUCGAGCGAAUGCCAUGGAUGGCGUGAAAGGCUUCUCGCCUCCCACGCGCAAGGAUGAACUUAUGGCAAACUGGAUGACUAUGUUCGUUAAAAACUUUAUGUAUUGCAAUGACCCGACUUGCAAUCAGCGUCCGCUAUCAAACUGGCCGGCAGUCGAGGAGCGGUUGCCCGUCCAGUACCAGAACAUCGACAUGCCCAUGUUCUUUAGGUUCACGGAGCUGACCAAUGAACAGCAAGACAUGGUGCAGUUCUUCGACAGUUUACAGAACAGGACCAGUUAAAUAUGAGACAUUAUUUUGCGGUGUGUUACUUGUGUGCCGUUUGUGAUCGUGUGACUAUUUAUUUUCUAAUUAAGGUCAAGAUUGAACCGUCCACAAUUAUUGGAUUUAACUGUACCUGAAAUAUUACAUUUUUAAAUUAAUUUCUAGAUUCGUAACCUUUUAAUUGUCCUUUCUAGGUUAGUGUAUUCUGUUAUUAUGAUAACAUUUUAGAUUUUGCUUUUACAUUAUGUUUUAUUUACUAAAUUUCGACUAGAACUGAAAUUAUCAAUACAUGAUUAAAGCUAAAUAACUGCAUCUAUUUGAGUAUGGAUUAUGGGUUAUAAUAGAUAGCGUGAUUAUAUAAGAAUAUUUUAUUACCGGAAGACCGAAGUCAUUUCUUCUAUUAAAAAUAACAGUUUUUUUUUAUUUAAUGUUCUUGGUUUGUCUAGUUUUUUUUUUAAUAUGUUUCUAUACAAAUUCAUAAUAACGAUGACUCUACAGUCCGUAUAUUUUUGUAUCUGUCUUGUUGGUGAUUAAACUUAAAAAUUGCAAUGACCAGGUCUAUAUCGAAAUAAAAUUUUUAUUAUAAUGUAUGGCACAAAUAAUAAUUUGAAUAUACUUAUUUUGAUUACUAUGGAAAUUUAGAUCGUGUACUUUUAGUUCUAAUUUAUAUUAAUUAACAUAUGAAUUUGAAAAAUUUGGAAAAUAUAUAAGCAAUCAUCAGCAAUACAAUAUAACUGACGAUUUAAAAAUUAAUUCCAAUACGAAACAUUUAGUUUACUAUUGAGUUUAGCUUUCCAAUAGUUUCAGUCCAGUGUUGUGGACGAGUUGACAUGAACGUAUUACUAAGAUUAAGCAGCUAUAGUUUUAAGAUUUUCAUGGCACUGAUUUUGUUGUAAGUUGUGUGUAAACUGAACUAUUUUGAUACGGCAAAUAAUAUGACUAUUUCUUGGACGAGGGUCUACAACACAGAGCAUAUUUGUGUGCUAUAGCUUGUUGUCCUAUUAAGUUAUUUUACAGAAAGUGUACAGCAUAAUCAGUAACAAUAUUUUAAGUUUAGUUUGUAAACUGUUUUUCACAUAAUGUACUUAAGCUUUGAAUAAAAUAUUAUGUA